UGACUUGUGGUUGGGUGAGGUGAAAGCGAAAAGCCGAAAACUAAUGCUCAAUACUCAUAUAUAUAAACACACACACAUAUAAGUCUACAAUGUCUUUUUAUGUAAACAUAUACCAAUAGCUCAACUACUCUUCACUUCUCUCCCAAAAAAUACUCAGGUCAUGGAUGUUCUAUUACUAUUAGUAUUUAUGAUGGUUGUUCUGCCAAGCCUGCAUGUGGUGGAGAGUGUAAGAACUCCAGUUCUGGAAAAUUUCGAGUACUGUGCUGUGAACUGCAGAGCUUACAGUGCCUCAGUGACAGAUUUUGGAGGGGUUGGUGAUGGAACAACUUUGAACACACAAGCCUUUCGGAAAGCCAUAGAACAUUUGAGCCAGUACUCAUCUAAUGGAGGGUCUCAGCUUUAUGUUCCUCCAGGAAGAUGGUUGACUGGAAGCUUCAAUCUCACCAGCCACUUCACUUUAUUCAUUCACAAGGAUGCUGUGAUUCUUGGCUCUCAGGAUGAAAAUGAGUGGCCAGUGAUUGAUCCUCUUCCAUCUUAUGGUAGAGGGAGGGAUACCCAAGGUGGAAGGUUUAGCAGUCUUAUUUUUGGAACCCACCUCACAGAUGUGAUCAUAACUGGGGACAAUGGCACAUUAGAUGGACAAGGUGAUCUGUGGUGGAAAAAAUUCCACAAUAAGCAGCUACAAUAUACCCGGCCUUACCUGAUUGAAAUUAUGUAUUCAGAUAAUGUUCAGAUAUCCAAUCUCACUUUGGUUAAUUCUCCAUCAUGGAAUAUCCAUCCUGUUUAUUGCAGCAACGUUAUUGUUCAAGGCAUCACAAUUCUUGCUCCUGUGACAUCCCCAAAUACAGACGGCAUCAACCCUGACUCUUGCACAAACACACGGAUUGAAGACUGUUAUAUUGUGUCUGGGGAUGACUGUGUGGCUGUGAAGAGUGGUUGGGAUGAGUAUGGUAUAUCUUAUGGAAUGCCAACAAAGCACCUUGUAAUCAGAAGACUCACUUGCAUUUCUCCAACCAGUGCUGUGAUUGCUUUAGGGAGUGAAAUGUCUGGUGGGAUUGAGGAUGUAAGAGCUGAGGACAUUCUAGCCAUUAAUUCAGAAUCAGGGGUCAGGAUCAAAACUGCUGUUGGAAGAGGAGGCUAUGUCAGGGACAUAUAUGUUAGAAGGAUGACUAUGAAAACCAUGAAAUGGGUAUUUUGGAUGACAGGGGAUUAUGGAUCUCAUGCUGACAACAACUAUGAUCCUAACGCAAUUCCUGUGAUUGAGAACAUUAACUACCGUGACAUGGUUGCUGAGAAUGUGACCAUGGCAGCAAGGUUGGAGGGUAUAUCCGGUGCCCCUUUUACUGGAAUUUGCAUAUCCAAUGUAACCAUUGAACUGGCCAAGAAGGCUAAAAAAGUGCCUUGGACUUGCACUGAUGUUUCCGGGAUUUCCAGUGGAGUGACUCCUGAGCCAUGUGAACUCUUGCCAGGGCAGGCAGAAGAGAAGUUUGGAGCAUGUUCCUUCCCAGAAGACAAUUUGGCCAUUGAAGAUGUCAAGGUUCAGACGUGUACUUACAGAAGGAAUUUAUGAUAAGGGUAAAAGGAAUGGCUUAUUUCUAGGAAACAAACCAAACAACAUUAUGCUUCAAAUGCUGCUUGUAUUUAAAACAUUGGAAUAUUGGAUACUAAUGAAACAGGACCAACUCAACAAUAAAUAUGUGCUUUUCCCA